AUGUUGGUUGGUGGCUUGAAAAGGAAGAAGAGAGAUGUAAGUGAGACAUCAGAGAAUGUGGAGAAGAAGCAGAAAGAUGAAAGUGAGGCUUCAGUUAAAGUGAAGAAGAAAAGCAACAAGAAGAAGAAGAGGCCACGACAGUGGUGGAUGAUAAAGAAGAGAAAGAAUGAAGAUAAAAAAAAUGAGGAGGCAGAAGAUGGGGCAGUCAAGGAAGAAGUUAACCACAAUGAAAAUGGAUCCACUACGGAGAAAAUUGUGGCAAAUCCUGAUGUGAGCAUUGAUAAUGAUAGAAUUAAUUUAGAGAGUUCUCAAAAAGUGUACGUUGGAGGCAUUCCAUACUACUCCAAUGAGGAUGAUAUUAGAAGUUACUUUGAAGGUUGUGGAACCAUUACUUUCAUUGAUUGUAUGACAUUUCCUGACACUGGGAAGUUCCGAGGAAUAGCAUUUAUCACUUUCAAGACCGAAGCUGCAGCUAAGAGAGCAUUGGCACUUGAUGGUUCCGACAUGGGUGGAUUUUUCCUUAAAAUCCAGCCUUUCAAGCCAACUAAAGAAAACAAGUUGCCCAAUUUUGCACCAUCUGUUGAGGAGGGCUACAAUAGGAUAUAUGUGGGUAAUCUGGCAUGGGAUAUAACCGAGGAUGAUUUGAAAAAUACUCUUGUUGGCUGCGCAAUUAAAUCUAUUCGGUUUGGUCAAGAUAAAGAGACGGGGGAGUUCAAGGGAUAUGCCCAUGUCGAUUUCGAUGACAGCCUCUCUCUAAAAACAGCUUUGAACUUGGAUCAAACCGUAGUCUGUGGGAGGCCUAUUAAAAUAAGCUGUGCCGUGAAGAAAGGUACUGCUUUUGAGUCGAAACCAAUUCGAAAAGAUAAUCAAGUCGAGAAUGGCAAGGGGGUCGCUGCUGCCAGUUUGAAGGCUCCACCUAAAGACUAUCAAGUCAAUGCGGUAGCUGCUGCUGCCAGUUUAAAGGUGCCACCAGAAGACUAUCAAGUCGACCAUUAUAAUACUAGCAGUGUCACAACUGAUGUUGGUUCAAAGAUACGGAGGCGAACAUGUUACGAAUGUGGAGAAAAAGGUCAUCUUUCAUCAGCUUGCCCGAAGAUACAAGCUGCUGCUCCUACAAAUCCAGGUACACAACCGCUGUUACCUGCUGCUGCCAGUUUAACGGUGCCACCAGAAGACUAUCAAGUCGACCAUUAUAAUACUAGCAGUGUGACAACUGAUGUUAGUUCAAAGAUACGGAGGCGAACAUGUUACGAAUGUGGAGAAAAAGGCCAUCUUUCAUCUGUUUGCCCGAAGAUACAAGCUGCUGCUCCUACAAAUCCAGGUACACAACCGCAGUUACCUGCUGCUGCCAGUUUAAAGGUGCCACAAGAAGACUAUCAAGUCGACUAUUAUAAUACUAGUGUAGAAGUUGAAAAGCAAGUUACAAGCAGUGUCACAGCUGAUGUUAGUUCAAAGAUACGGAGGAGAACAUGUUACGAAUGUGGAGAAAAAGGGCAUCUUUCAUCAGCUUGCCCGAAGAUACAAGCUGCUACUCCUACAAAUCCAGGUACACAACUGCUGGUACCUGCUGCUGCCAGUUUGAAGGUGCCACAAGAGAACUAUCAAGUCAACCAUUAUAAUGCUAGUGUAGAAGUUGAAAAGCAAGUUCCUAGCAGUGUCUCGGCCGCUAUGAGUUCAAAGAUACGGAGGCGAACAUGUUACGAAUGUGGAGAAAAGGGCCAUCUUUCAUCGGAUUGCCCGAAGGUACAAGCUGCUGGUCCUACAACUCCAGGUACAGCAUAGUCCAGUAUUCAGAAUGCCACACCAUGUAGUCGGCGACAACUCUGGAGAAAAAGGAGAGGAGGCUUUUUAAUUUAUACAUUUGAAUAUUGAGAAUGAAUUGACAAUGAGAGGGAAGCUUGUGCUUCUUUCAUUUUUGCUCCCAUUGUACUUCUAGCUUUCAUGCAAAAUUGUUGUUAUAGUAUCAUGCAGUUGUUUUAUCCACAAAAAAACAUGACACAAGGUUAGAGAUUGACUUUGAUUUUCUGUCUA